CUUGUAGGUAACAAUCGAUUUACAGCAGUGGCGAGGGAACUGCUUACCAAUACCAGUUCGUUACUUACGUAGGAACAGUGCAAAAGGACAUUCCGUUGUAUGAUUAAGAUGGCGUGCGAGAAACGGUCGCAUCUUUGUGCGAUUCUUGUUUUGUGUUCGCUAGCUCUCUUUUUCCACAUUGUUGGUUUUGUGACACCGGGAUGGCUUAUCAUGAGACGGUCUGUGGAGGACGUUUCCUUCUUCUCAAUGAAGGGACAACUCAUCGAUAACGGUGGCGUUACUGUACCCCCGGGGGCGGAGGAUGACGAGCCGGACAUUUUGUUCAGAAAGAGAAGAUCCGAUCAUGACGGUGAUAGUAGCAGUUCAGAAGAGCACGAAAAUGAUGAUAGGCCGCACCACGACGGGCCGCACGACGGGCCGCACGACGGCGGGCCGCCCCAUGGAGGGCCACCCCACAGACCGCACCACGACGGGCCCCACCACGGUGGACCUGACCAUCACGGUGAUAGAACUCAUCGCCCGCCAAAGAAAAUGCCUAGACCGACUACAGAACAGGCACUACAAGAAAAACUGGAAGGAGAAGAGGAUAUGAUGAAGGAAAAGAUGAUGUUUGGCGCCUGGAUGAUGGAAGUUACGGCAGAAGAUAGUUUCAAUGUAAAAACAAGUUACGGACUCUGGUAUUCUACUGUGUGUGUCUAUAAAGGGAGAAUGGGAGACCACGAUUCAAAAGAAAAACACAUGGACAUGGAUCGAUCAUCCAGUGAAGAAGACGAUCAUGAACGGAAAGGACGGUGUCGUUGCAAGAAGAUCUCGACAAAAUGUGCCUUACACUAUGCAUCUAUGUAUGAAGACUUUUCGUUCUUUACCCCCAAAGGCGGCUACCUGAGCUACAAAAACUUUGGCAACGCAAGUUUGACGGAACACCGUGUAGAGAAUUGCCUCGUCUUGGUUUUCAUGUUCCUUGGUUUGGUCGCUGCCAUCGCAGGGUUCAAAAAGGUCAAUGGGUGCAGAUGUGCCGGAGGUGCCUGUGUUAUCUUCAUGUUACUUGCCGCGUUCAUCGCCCUUGUGCCUGUAGCCCGGCUUAGUCACUACAGCGUCAACAGACAUCAUCAAGGAUCAGCGGUCAGGGUGCACGCCCCAUACUCUGUUAUUGCCACUGGUCUCGGCUCCAUUUUCGCUCUUAUCACAGCCCUUGUUGCCGGAUGUGCCUUGAUGAAAACCCGAAAGGAAAGAGCUGGAAAGUGGUACCAGUUUAACAACGAACUGGAAUUGCCCAAGGAAAACAAAGAAAAGCCCGGUUUAUACUUCACUGCAGAAGCACUUCCGGCGAAACCAGGACUGUAUGACGUCUGUGACUUUGGAGACAUCAAACCAGUCGAAGAAGUGAAGAAACCGGAAGCGGAAGAAGAGCCUGAUGAGUUCGUUUUGUAAAGCGUGUACAAGACAUUCAUUUAAAGCUUGAUUUCAGGUUACAUACCUAAAGUUCGGUGUGCAUAGAUUUCCUGUUUUAUGUUAAGUGUCACUGUGACCAUCCUAGCUCUCAUACAGUUUUGCCGCACUUCAAUUCGCAUACCACACACUUACACACACACACACUUUCAACAAAUGUUUACACCGAGCCCAUUGGUGAUUGAAUGACAUCACUUUCAUCACUGUCUGCUAGGUGAUUUUUCUACGGAUCGCAUCGAAAAGGAAAAUAUUUCAAGUAAAUAUCCAAUCAUUUCAAUAAAUUGUCAAAGCCAAAAGAUUUUCAGGAUGUUUUAUAAAUUAUCUGAUAUUUUAUUUAUCUUUUGCAUAAAUUUUUGACCAAUCGGCAAUUUCCUUAGACACAAUUGACUUUUCCCGAACUUGAUUCUUUAUAGGUCUGUAACCAUCAGUUUGUUAUUUAAGUUUGUCCUGAGAGUGAAUUGUAUCUCCGAUAUAGUGAUUGCUUGAUACUUUUUAAAUGUUUAAUUGUUGUAUUGUUAAUGCUUACUGUGUACUUCGUUGAUGUAAUAUUUUUCGCUUUCUUUAUUUUGUUCCAAGUUUUACUCAGUCUUGUGAUACCGGAUGUUUUCGGUUGACAUUGCUGGACGAUGAUUAGAGUCGGACUCGAUAGGCACAUUUGCUAGAAAACGUUAAAAGUUUCAAAUUCAAAAAUCUAUUUCUGAAUUGAAGUUAUCGGCGUGGUAGAAAAAAAAAGCGAUUUAACUGUUAAAAGGAACAAUCAAUUUUAUAACAGUGUUGAUAUUGUUUAACAAAUGUCAUUUUGGUAUAAUAAAAUAUAUCUUUAUAAGA